GAUGUUUGACAUGGAUGCACCCCUCAAUCUUGGUGCAGUCGUAGUGAGCAUGGUGAUAUAUCGCAUAUUGGCCUAUGCUGUUAUCAAGCGAAAUUGAUUUCGUUCUUAAAGAGAUUUUACAUAGGGGAUGGACAUCAUUAUAACUAGUGAGCAAAACCCCUAGCUUUGGUUGCCAGUGAUGACCGUUGACAUGAUGAUCGUUGUGGAUAAACGAUCUGGACAGCCACGCAUCGAUCCAUGCCGAGUUGAGAUCAGUGGCAGUGGGAGAAUUUGGUUCUCUGGAUUUGGCCAAAUACAACCGUCACUUAGUGUGGACUACAUCGGCAUGUUUCCUGACGGACUUCCUGAAUGGACAACGAAGCCUGAACCUUCGGAUUCCGGCAACGAGUCUUUCGAUGGCAGAUCUGUUGACGAAUUGGCGGACGACAGGACCUCAGCCGCACCCCAGAAACGCAAGGCGCCGCGACCGUCAGUUGUUGGCAAUGUGCAGAAACGGUCGAAGUUGGGAGAAACUUCAGGUUCUGCAAGCGCCGUGACCAUUGCUUCAACACGGCCGGGACCAAUCAAGUCACCUUUCCGUCCUUUCGCUUCACUGUCGCAGCCACCCCCACGCAUAAGUCACAGUACCAAGCCGCCGUCAUCGCACCCAAGCACGUUGUCAAGCCACCUCGCAGCUCGAAAUAAACUCUCAUCCAGGAACACCGGCAACGCUAGUGCGGGACCAUCGAAAGCGCCCUAUGCUGCUUCUCAGCCCAUCUCGAGCACAAGCACCAUGGCGCGAUCCCGUCAUGGACCCAUUCAGGUGGCGCGUAAAUCGACCGGAGGUGCAGGGCAUUCAAUGGCAAGGACAAGGCCUGUCAAGCGUACCCGCGUGGAGAGGGAGCGGCAGAACAUAGUGUCCUCUUCAUCUUCCUCAUCACUGCCAGAGCCCGGGUCUUCACAGUUUACCCAGAAAGUAAAGCAGCCUCCGCCAGCUCAAGCGGAAAUCAUCAAUAUUUCUGACGAUUCCGAUGACGAACCGGUCACCAAGACAAAACCGGCACUGAAGCCAAAGGCCAAGGUUAGGAAGGUGUCACCUGCAAAUUCCAUCGUGGAAAUAUCAAGUGACUCAGGCCAAGGUCGGCGUCCAAAAUUCCAACCAAUGCCCAAGGAGCGACGAAAGUCCCCAAUCGAAAUCAUUGACGUUGACGCAUUGGACGAUGGUGAAGUGAACCCUCCCCUUCCACUGCAUACGGACGAAUCGGAUGAAAGCUCUAAUCGGGGUGGUAUCCCUGAUGAUCCGAUUAUCCUGGAUGAGCCUCUGUUCCUAGAUGAUCCCGAUGAGCCUUUAGACGACGAGCCUCUCAUUAUGUCUCCGUCGGGUCCUCCCGUCGAGCUGGCUGUAUCUCUUGACAUCGGAAAUGAAGAUUAUGAGGUGGGUCCGCAAGCAAAUUCAAGUGCGACUCCAAUACGGAAGCAAGUGGAUCCCGUGCAAGGGGCUUCCGGUGCUCUUUUGGAGUUGAACUCAAUGGCCCCUGCUCCCUCAGUCUCUGCCCCGCCGCUCCCGCUCCCGCCGCUUCCUAGGAAAGCCCGGCCUAGCCAUCAAUCUACUACCCUUCCACUAAUCUCCCGUGCCCAGACUCCAGAAGAAAGGAAUCCCAUUGCCGUGAAAGGAUCUCUCACCACUCCAAGUCUUCCGAAGAAGCACCGUCUGCAUACUGACCAAAUUUCUUCUCUCUCAGUUAAAGCAUCACCGAGCACCCCUCGCAAGAGUUCUCAGCUGUUCUUUGAGGACCAUUCUCAUUCCCGGUUAGCAGGAAACAGGGCUGACAAGUCUCGAUGUUCUCCUGCCUUAUCUUCGCCGAACAAAGGAAUGCAAUCUUUAGCCGAUGCAAUUGUCCAAGCGCAUGCCAACAACAAUGUACGAUCACCUCCGAAGCCGAUACCUUUACCUCGCAAGACAAAGAGCAUGGCUGGCAAGGCCCGCACUACUGACCACCCAUCGGCCAGAGCAGAAGGCGGAAGACUGAUGAAUGCCUUGAAAUGGUUGCAAGCGAAGUCUGCUCCUGAAACUGUUUCUUCACCCAAGUCUCCCAUACAGGUCGUUGCCCGAAGCUUCGACCUCUUCGAAUCAUGCGGGGAACGCUAUGGAAGUGGACAGCUCGUUGGAUGAUAUCACGCAGUCUAUGCUUGAGUCCGACACCCAAGGUCUAUCCCAGUUGACUCUCGCAACUCCUGAAGAAGGCACACCAGCGGUA